GACAGCUAAUACAAUGACCCUGCUAAUGUACUGUUUGGUAUCUAAUAUUUGGGAAGAUGUGAAUUCGUAGCAAUGAGAUUACCGCCGUGAAGUAAACAGUGGUGGCAAAGUAGGGAGUCCAUGCCCUUGCUCAGCCCCAACGCUCUUGGAUGGCUGGUUGAAUCGGCCUUAUCAACUCAAUCUCUUCUUCUUGGUCGAACUGUUCAUGCCCACAUCAUCAGAACUAUUGAACCCCCUUUUCCACCUUUCCUCUCCAACCAUCUCAUCAACCUCUACUCCAAACUCGAUGCCCCCAACUCAGCUCAACUCCUUCUUUCACUCACUCCGCCUCGUUUUCGUUCCGUCGUCACGUGGACCGCUCUCAUUGCCGGCUCCGUUCAAAAUGGUCAUUUUACCUCAGCCCUUUUACAUUUCUCUGACAUGCGUCGCCAGUGUAUUCAACCCAAUGACUUCACCUUCCCUUGCCUUUUCAAAGCUUCCGCGUUCUUGCAUUCCUCUGUUAUGGGCCAACAACUUCAUGCACUGGCACUGAAAGGUAGCUUCAUUAAGGAUGUGUUUGUUGGCUGUAGCGCAUUCGAUAUGUAUUACAAAACAGGUCUACGGGAAUAUGCACAAAACAUGUUUGAUGAAAUGCCCCACAGGAAUAUCGCAACGUGGAACGCCUGUAUUUCUAAUUCUGUGCUUGACGGGAGGCCUUACGAUGCCUCUCUAAAAUUUGUUGAGCUCUUACGAUUUGGUGAAGAGACACCCAAUUCCAUUACUUUUUGUGUGUUUUUGAAUGCUUGCUCCGAUGGUUUGUAUUUGAAACUUGGGCUGCAGUUGCAUGGUUGUGUGAUUCGACUUGGCUUUGGAUCAGAUGUCUCUGUUCUAAAUGGACUGGUUGAUUUUUAUGGAAAAUGCCACGAGGUGAAGUAUUCAGAGCUCAUUUUCGAUGAGAUAAAUGUGCCUAAUGGUGUAUCAUGGUGCACCAUGUUGGCAGUGUAUGAACAGAAUGAUAAAUGGGAGAAGGCUUUUAUGCUGUUUCUUAAGGCAAGGAAGGAAAAUGUUAGUCCAUCUGAAUUCAUGGUUUCAAGUGUGCUUAGUGCUUGUGCAGGAAUGGCAGUGCUUGAGCUGGGGAGGUCUAUUCAUGGUCUUGCAGUAAAGGCUUGUAUCGAAAGUAACGUAUUUGUUGGCAGUGCACUUGUUGACAUGUAUGGGAAAUGUGGUAGCAUAGAAAAUUGUGAGAGCGCUUUUUAUGAAAUGCCUGAGAGGAAUUUGGUAACUUGGAAUGCAAUAAUGGGUGGUUAUGCUCAUCAAGGGUGCGUGGGUAUGGCAUUGAACUUGUUUGAGGCGAUGACAAGUGGAAGCCAUGAUGUGGUGCCUAAUUAUGUGACAUUUGUUUGUGUAUUGACAGCUUGUAGUAGGGCUGGAGCUGUUAAAAUAGGCAUGGAUAUCUUUGAAUCUAUGCGGAAGAAGUAUGGGAUUGAACCAGGACCAGAGCAUUAUGCAUGUGUUGUGGACAUACUUGGAAGGGCUGGUUUGGUGGAGCGUGCACACGACUUUAUCAAGAAAAUGCCUGUUCCACCUACUGUUUCAGUCUGGGGAGCUCUUUUAGGGGCUUGUAGAGUUCAUGGAAAACCUGAAGUAGGGAAGGUUGCAGCUGGCAAUUUGUUUCGACUUGAUCCUUUGGACUCUGGAAACCAUGUCAUUCUUUCUAAUAUGUUUGCAGCUGCUGGAAGGUGGGAUGAGGCUAAUCUUGUCAGAAAGGAGAUGAAGGAUUUUGGCAUCACGAAAGGGGCCGGAUUCAGUUGGAUAUCUGCAAAGAAUUCUAUCCAUAUUUUCCAAGCAAAGGAUACAACUCAUGAGAGAUUCCCAGAGAUUCAAGCAAUGCUGACCAAGUUAAGGAGAUAUAUGAAAGCAGAAGGUUAUACUGCUGACACGAAUUCUGCGCUAUACGACUUAGAGGAGGAAGAAAAGGAAUCAGAAGUUUGGUACCACAGUGAGAAGAUUGCACUUGCAUUUGGUCUCAUUGCUAUCCCUCCUGGAGUCCCGAUAAGGAUAACAAAAAACCUGAGGGUUUGUGUGGAUUGCCAUAGUGCAAUAAAGUUCAUCUCGGGCAUUACUGGUAGAGAAAUUAUUGUAAGAGAUAACAACCGCUUUCAUUCUUUCAAGGACUACCAGUGCUCAUGUAGAGAUUAUUGGUGAAUCUAGUUUAAACAUUCCAGAUAAUUCCAGAUGCUCCUUGCCAUUUUGCCAUUGAUCCAGGCAUUAAUUUACACUCGUGAUACUAUUGCAGCAAUAGGAGUGAUGUUUGGGUUGAGGAUCUGAACUAGAAGAUAUCACCUCCAUAAUUUUUCUUCACUUCCAAGGCCAAGCUGGAAUUGCAUACAAGGUUCACCAUCCCCUGCUAGAGGCACACUUAAGAGCUUUACAAAUUUGAAACUCAAACUACAUUUAUACUGGCACUGCAGCGGAAGCAGCUCUGCCUAACUCAUUUCUGAGUGCUGCAAGCAUGAAGAGUGAAUAUUUCUUGUCCUAUAGCAUGUCAUGUUAUUUUAUCUUCGUAUUGAUGACUGAACACUUGAAUGUGGGAAGAAACUCCUUGUGUUGCCAGAGUACCAUAUGCAAGUUUCCAGUGGUUUCGACAUAGAAACUUUCAAGGAACUACUUGCUUGCAAUUAUGUGUUGUAAUGUUUUAGAUCCAUAUUCCUAGUACAUAUACACUAAUGUACAAACACACAAUCAAAAAAUUUGAUUGAUAUAUUCACAGACAACAACUAUAUCUUGAUCCCAAACAAGUUGAGAUUGGCUAUAUGAAUUUUCAU